AUGGCUCUCUGUCGGUUGUGCUGCACUGCCUUGCAGGUAAUACUGACAGAUGAAUCACUCCGGAGUGAAUAUGAAAUUAUUUUCCCCUCUUAUCUCAGAGCACAACAAUCGGGCUGCUGGAUUUGUUCCAAAGUCAUUGCCUGGGCCGAAGAAAACCAGCCGGAGCUCUAUCGCAAAUGGCGCGGCUCUUCGCUUUGCGCCACGUUCUCGGUGUCCACUGGGGUGGGGUACUAUGAGCCCCCGUCGGAAAAUGUCCCGUUGUUACCCUCAUCCGAUGCAUUCGAGAAUUUUGGAAAUGUCGAAGAUCUUGCUGAAUCCCCAAUAACGGGAGCAGGAAAGGAUAAGUCUAUUUCCCGAUUGUUGAAACUUGUCAAGUUCUGGUUGGAACGAUGCACUCAGGAACAUGUGAGAUGCCGCUUGUCCUCCUCAGCCCCAUGGGUUCCAACGCGCUUGCUACAUCUCGUUCCAGGUGAGAGAGGCAUGUUAGUCAAGAUGGUCGUUACCAAAGAUGCCGUGAUUGACGGCCAGUACAUGACACUGAGUCACCGUUGGCCUGUCAAGCCCUGUCGUCGUCUUAUGUUGACUGCAUCAACCUUUAGCCAGCUUCAGCGUGGAGUCAACGUCAGGAAACUUCCACAAAGCUUCCAAGAGACCGUAGAGCUUGCCUCUUAUCUGGGGAUCAAAUAUCUUUGGAUUGACUGUCUUUGUAUCAUGCAGGAUAGAGAUGAUCUUUCAGAUUGGCAUCGGGAGGCCCCUACCAUGCAUAUGGUGUAUUCGCACUCUUUUCUCAACAUCUCCGCCACGUUUUCGUCCACCGGGUUAGAAUCACUGUUCCAUCAGGCUGAGACCUUCGCCGAGACCUGGCCCUCACCAAUCGAUAUCAAUGUCAGGGGAACCAUGCGCAAGGUCUAUGCGGUGGACGCGGAUGUGUGGAAUCGUGAAAUUACAGAAGCGCCUCUGAACCACAGAGGCUGGGUUUUCCAAGAGCGCUUUCUCGCUCGUCGAAUCGUGCACUUUGGACGAGCCCAACUCGGGUGGGAGUGUUGCGAAACGGAGGCGUUAGAAAUGUUUCCGCAACGUGUGCCAUUCUCUCUCGUGGCUGGGUCGGGUUGCAAGUCAACGGUGGUGGACAAGUGGACGAAGCCCCGUGUUGCCUUGAAUGCUGAUUCUCUGCCCAAUCGUGAAUUCAGACGACAGCUAGACUUGCGAAGUAACCUGAUCGAGGCCUAUUCCCAAUGCCAAUUCACGUUCACCAAGGACAGACUAGUUGCGUUCUCAGGGAUCGCGAUGAGUGAUACUCUCGCCGUUGACCCAUCGGAUCUCUAUAUUGCGGGGAUGUGGAGGAGCUCAAUUCUAUAUAGUCUCGCCUGGCAGCGCAGUCACAGCAGGUGCCCACUUCUUGAAUCGGCUCAAGAGCCGGUCUUCAAAGUGCCCAGCUGGUCCUGGCUGUCUUUUGAUGGCGAGGUCAUUUUCCCUACGCUUCCAUCCUCUGCUGCGCUUUGUCCGUUGGCACGGAUAGUUGAUAUCUCAGUAAUCGAAUGUUCCAUUCAACUAGAAUGUAUUCUCCUGAGUCUGGACUUGUUUUGGUCGACAGCUGGUAAAAUCAUCGGGAUCUGUGUCACAGAAUUAGGUCUGCCAAUCAUGAGCGAGGGUGCCAGCCUCAACGAUGAGGACCCCAUGGGAGUUGAUGAUAAUUUUGGAUCCGUCAUUGAUUUAGACGAAUAUUCUUCGUGUGAAAAGGAUCAACACUUGGGUCUGCGGGCCGAGGCGAAGAAUCUUUUCCUCGUACCGCUGUACGCAUCAUCUCACAGCCUUCGAGGCAUCUUUGUGACUCCAUCUGGAAAGGAAAAAGAUACGUAUAUCCGCCUGGGGGCAUUCGAGACUGGCUACCCUUCGCUAGUCGGUCAAGAGAUGCGAGCCGUGGGGGGUCCUAUGAUGGAUCCACUUUCCGGAGUGGACAAACGAACCUCAAGCCUGUUCAAUUAUAUACAGGAUUGUUCCAGAGGCUACGGAAGAGAUUCGAACCAUCCCGUUAUUCAACUUGUCUAG